AUGAAGGACCUUACUGUAACCGGGACGCAUUCUGUAGUGGAGUUCCCGGUGUGAACUCCCGUGCAGAAACUACAGCCAGUCCGAUGGUUUAAUCAGUGCACACACUCAGAGACAUCGCUCCGGGUUUCCUCUCACGUCCAAGCCGAAAAAGGUGCACCGAACGCCGGGCACAAACGCAGCCAUGGCCGGGGAUGGGGCCGACCAGCGGGCUCUGCAAUAUGAGCAAACCCUGAUGUAUGGGCGCUACACCCAGGAGCUCGGGGUUUACGCUAAAGAGGAGGCGGCUCGGCUGAGGGAGGGGGGGGGGGCAGCGGAGGAGUCGGACCCUCGACCUGCACGAGUACGACAAGAGCCGCUGUGCCAAGUGUCGCAUCUGCACGUUGCGCUGUCAGAAGUUCCUGAUCUCACGGGUCGGGGAGGACUGGAUCUUCCUCAUCCUGCUGGGACUCCUCAUGGCAAUGGUCAGCUGGGCUGUGGACUUCUGCAUCGCCAUCUGUUUACAAGCGCAGAAGUGGAUGUACGGGGGUCUGGACAGUAACGUGUUCCUGCAGUAUUUGGCCUGGGUCACCUACCCCGUCGUCCUCAUCACCUUCUCUGCCGGCUUCACACAGAUCCUCGCCCCCCAGGCUGUCGGUUCAGGUAUCCCUGAGAUGAAGACCAUCCUGAGGGGCGUCGUGCUGAAGGAGUACCUCACCUUCAAAACCUUUGUGGCCAAAGUCAUCGGCCUCACCUGCGCUCUGGGCAGCGGCAUGCCCCUGGGCAAGGAGGGUCCGUUCGUACACAUCGCCAGUUUGUGCGCCGCUCUCCUCAGCAAGUUCAUGUCUCUGUUUGGAGGAAUCUAUGAGAACGAGUCGAGGAACAUUGAGAUGCUGGCAGCAGCCUGUGCUGUGGGGGUGGGAUGCUGCUUCGCUGCCCCUAUUGGAGGUGUGUUGUUCAGUAUUGAAGUAACGUCCACGUUCUUCGCGGUGAGGAACUACUGGAGAGGUUUCUUCGCAGCGACCUUCAGUGCCUUCAUCUUCAGAGUUCUGGCCGUGUGGAACCGAGACGAAGAGACCAUCACGGCUCUUUUUAAAACUCGUUUCCGCCUCGACUUCCCCUUCGACCUCCAGGAGCUCCCUGCCUUCGCCGUCAUUGG